GAGAGAGAGAGAGAGACCAGGGAGGGCGCAUGAGCGCGCGAGCCAGCCAACGGGUGAAGUGCGCGUGCUCUGUCGCCGUCGCCGCCGCCGCUUCAGAGCAGAGAGGAUCGGUUUAUUCAGCUGCUGAAUGAAGGACGGAACGGAGGGAAGGAUGAACACAUAGAUGAGAACAGGAUGAGUGAGUGAAUGAAUGAACGGAUCCUGACCCGGGCUUCUUCUUCCAGAGUACCGGACCGCUGAGAAGACACAGACAACGAUUUGGACGUCCUUCCACGCUGUGCAGACCCAGAAGAACUCAGCAGAGUCCAGUGAAGUCCCUGCAGCAUCGGCAGAAAUGGCUCCAGCAGCCAUGUCUGUGCCUCAGUCCUGUCUCUCCUCCCUCCGCCCCUCCCGCUUCUCCUCAUCCCUCCUCUUCUUCCUCCUCUCCUGCUUUGUCCUGCUGUCAUGUCCCGGAUCGGUCCACGCGGGUUCCUCUCAUAAAAACUGCUCAGCUAGUGGAGACCCCUGUCAGGAAGGAGUGGUACUGCCCGUGUGGAACCCACAGAACCCCUCUGUAGGAGACAAAGUGGCACGGGCCAUUGUUUACUUUGUAGCACUCAUCUAUAUGUUCCUGGGCAUGAGCAUUAUAGCGGACCGGUUCAUGUCGUCUAUAGAGGUAAUAACCUCCCAGGAGAAAGAAAUAACAAUAAAGAGGCCAAACGGUGAGACCACCACAGCCACAGUCAGGAUUUGGAAUGAGACCGUUUCUAAUCUCACUCUAAUGGCCUUGGGUUCUAGUGCCCCCGAGAUACUGCUGUCUGUUAUUGAGGUGUGUGGCCAUGGUUUCGAGGCCGGUUCUUUAGGUCCCAGUACCAUCGUGGGCAGCGCUGCCUUCAACAUGUUUGUCAUCAUCGCCCUGUGUGUGUAUGUGGUUCCCGACGGUGAGACGCGUAAAAUCAAACACCUCCGGGUGUUCUUCGUCACGGCAGCCUGGAGUAUCUUUGCCUACAUCUGGCUUUACCUGAUUCUGAGUGUAUUCUCCCCUGGAGAGGUGGAGGUAUGGGAGGCGGUGCUGACCUUCCUCUUCUUCCCCCUCUGCGUGGUCCAGGCCUGGGUGGCUGACCGUCGCCUCCUCUUCUACAAGUACGUCCGCAAACGCUACCGCGCUGACAAGCACCGUGGCAUCAUCAUUGAGACCGAGGGAGGGGCGGACGGAGGGUUAGGAGGUUUGGAUGGAGGAGGAGGGGCACUGGGUCCUGGGGGGUUCACCAAGAUGGACAUGCUGGAGCUGGACGGGCAGAUUGCAUUGAACUGUCACAGUGGGAUAGAUGGAGGGAUGAUGGAGGAUGGAGGAGCCAAGGAUGAGGAGGAUGAGGCCAGAAGGGACAUGGCAAGGACACUGAAGGAGCUGAAGCAGAGGCACCCGGAUAAAGACAUGGAGCAGCUGAUUGAGAUGGCUAAUUAUCAGGUCCUGAUGCAGCAGCAGAAGAGCAGAGCGUUUUACCGUAUCCAGGCAACCAGGAUGAUGAUCGGAGCUGGCAACAUCCUCAAGAAGCACGCUGCCGACCAGGCUCGCAAGGUGGUGAGCAGCCACGAGACCCAGGCCCAGGAGGACGACCCUCACACCACCAGGAUGGAGUUUGAACCACCUUUGUAUCAGUGCUUUGAAAACUGUGGAUCCCUGAAACUGACUGUUGCCAGACAUGGAGGAGACCCUGGAGUUACUGUAAAGGUGGAUUAUCGCACAGAGGACGGCACAGCAAACGCAGGUUCAGAUUAUGAGUUUGCCGAGGGAACACUGCUGUUUAAACCAGGAGAGAACCUCAAAGAAAUUACAGUUGGGGUGAUUGAUGACGACAUCUUUGAGGAGGAUGAGUAUUUCUACGUCCACCUCAGUAACCCUCGAGUGGUUGGCUAUCCUGAGAUCGGCACUGCUCCGCUGGAUACGAGUGCCACUCCCAAAGCCGUGCUGGGUGACAACCAUACAGCCACAGUGACCAUCUACGAUGACGAUCACGCAGGUAUCUUUACCUUUGAGACUGCCAGUCAGAGGGUGAGUGAGAGCGUAGGUGUGAUGGAGGUGAAGGUGCUCAGGACUUCUGGAGCCCGAGGUCUGGUGGCUGUCCCCUACCGAACUGUGGAUGGCACCGCUAGAGGAGGGGAGGACUACGAACUGGCUGCAGGGAAGCUGGAGUUUCAGAACGACGAGACCAUGAAGAUCAUCGAGGUGAAGAUUAUUGAUGAUGAAGAGUAUGAGAAGAACAAGGCCUUCACAAUCGAGCUGGGAGAGCCCAUUCUGUUGGAGAUCGGCCAGAAACACGGUGACUCCAAUGAGAACAAGCCGUUGGUGGGAGCAGAGGAGGAAGAGGUUGCCAAGAUGGGCUGUCCCAGUCUGGGCGAGCACACACAAGUAGAGGUGGUGAUAGAGGAGUCCUACGAGUUCAAGAGAGCAGUAAAUGAGCUUAUUUGGCGAGCUGACAAGAGUACGGUAGAUAAGUUGAUCAAGAAGACAAACCUGGCCUUGGUGGUGGGAAGCAGCAGCUGGAGGGAGCAGUUUGUCAGUGCCGUGACUGUCAGCGCAGGAGACGACGAUGAAGAGGAGAGCGGCGAGGAGCGGCUGCCGUCCUGCUUCGACUACAUCAUGCACUUCCUCACCGUCUUCUGGAAAGUUCUGUUCGCCUUCGUCCCGCCCACGGAGUACUGGAACGGCUGGGCCUGCUUCAUUGUCUCCAUAUCACUUAUCGGUGUCCUCACAGCGGUCACCGGCGACCUGGCAUCACACUUCGGCUGCACGAUAGGACUGAAGGACUCGGUGACGGCUGUGGUGUUUGUGGCCCUGGGAACAUCGGUGCCAGACACAUUCGCCAGCAAGGUCGCCGCCAUCCAGGACCAGUACGCUGACGCCUCCAUCGGCAACGUCACUGGCUCUAACGCCGUCAACGUCUUCCUUGGCAUUGGCGUGGCAUGGACCAUCGCCGCGGUUGCCUGGCGCUCCAAGGGCCAGAAGUUCAAGGUGGACCCAGGAAACCUGGCUUUCUCCGUCACCCUCUUCACCAUCCUGGCCGUGGUGUGUGUGGUCAUGCUGCUGUACCGGCGACGGGCGUCGGUGGCAGGUGGCGAAUUGGGCGGGCCACGGACUUGCAAGGUGCUAACGUCGUUGCUGUUCGUCUCGCUGUGGCUGAUUUACAUCCUGCUGGCUUCACUGGAGGCCUACUGCCAUUUACCAAUGUUUUAAAUGGAGAGGAGAGGGCAGGGAGAGAGACCCACUGCCAAUAUGGAGAGAGAGAGAGAGAGAGAGAGAGAGAGAGAUGGAGGGAGGGAUGGAUGGAGGAGUCUUUAAAGACGGAUGGGAAUAGAAGGAGGUGGAUCGACACAGGCUGAUUCAUGGUGGAACCAGCAGAUCGUUAAAUUCCUACUUUUUUAUUAAAGUUCAGAUCAAUUUUUCCUCUUUUCAUUUAUUUCUGCAAACUAUUAUUAACCACUAAAACUCCAUUUAUAUCCAAACUUUAUUAUAUUUAUGAAAGGAGACCCACCAUCUAUCCAUGAUGAAGGAACUUCUAGGAUACAUAAAGUCUCUAAAUGAAGAAUUAUUUAACAAGAAGCAUUGAUGAAAAAAAAAUGCAAUGCAGGUUUUUAUGUAGUUGCAUAAAUCACCCAUCAUCAUAGUUAAUAAAAAGGCUGAUAGUGUUCGAGUCUACUGCCAAACCAGCAGGAGAGGAGAAGAGCUGUUGGGCGGGCGGGCCUCUGAAAGGAUAAACGAAGGUGAAGAAGCUGGAAGAAGAAGAAGUGAAAGAGGAGGCUGGAUGCAACAAAAGCCGAGAAGAGCCUGGACAAAGUGGGUGGAGGUAGUAAAGAAAAGAUGAGAGUAA